AUGGACGAACGAAGAUGGGAGGACUUACAAAUGGACUGCUUGCUCAAAGUGUUGGUGAAAGUUGGAAUGGAGUCACUGCUUUUGGAUGUCCCUUUUGUGUGCAAGUCAUGGUACAAGGCGACCCUCAAUCCUUCAUGCUGGCAAUCUCUCCUUUUCCCGGACAACGAAUGUAUUGAGUUCUGGCCUUGGGAUGCGUUUGAAUGUCCAAAUUUUCAAAAUCUUAUGGACAGAUUUGCGAGUGAGUAUCAAAUUGAUGGGGAUCGUUGCUCAAUCACCACUUUUCUAAAGUUUGUGAUCAAUCGGAGCAGCGGAAACGCUACUGUGCUCAAGCUUCCCAAAUGCUGCACAAUAGAAGCCUUUGAAUUUGCUGCAAAUGUGUGUCCUGGCCUUGUGACUUUGAGUUUACCAGGAGGUGUAUUGGACAGCAACCACACGAACUAG